UUUUUUCCGGAUAGCGUCUGCUCUAUUGUUGUGCGUUCCACACUCGGCUGGGCAUAAAAUCCCUUCCCUUUCCAUGUCCCAACUUUGAUUUCAACUUCCGGACGCAUCUUUUUUUUUUAGCUCCACGCGCGCGCGACCGCAGACCAUUAAUUAGACAAGGUAUCCGAAAACCUGGAGAGUAGUGGAAAGUUUUUCCUUUGCGCCCUGAGGGACUCACGACGAGCACUUGUGCUUUUGUUGAGACUCUUCGUGUUUGACAGGAGGUAUACGGCCUCGCAUCGGUGCAGCUUGGGUGUGUUCUUACAGCUGCUUUUGUUUCAGUCGAGUUAAGCCUCAAGUCUGAGUAAGAUGGGUUCCUGUAGAGAUUGCCUCACUCGCAUCCCGUAUGCAACCUUUAUAGCCACUGUCCUAUGCUUUAUUGGUAUUGGUGUGUUUUGUGGCACUGUUUAUCGAGGAGCAACUUUAGCUAAUUUGAUUCUGUUGGAUGUGUUUCACGUGCAAGUGGAAUGGAUUGGAAUCAUGAGACUACUACUCAUUAUUUUGGGUGGUAUCAUGGCUUGCUUAGCCCUCAUCAUGCUUGUUGUGGGUUGUUUGGCUACCGGCAGCACUCGCCAUACUGUUUAUAGGGCCUGGAAAGCAAGAGUUGGUGGAAGGCUGUCCUGUGCCAUUUUCCUUGGAAUGUCCUACAUUUUAUUUUAUGUUUGGGUUGGCAUCUUAGUGUGUUUGACUAUGGUCACUUUGAUUUUCACCUUGUUCUGGGGACUUUGUGUUGACAACCAACGCCGCCAUGAUCGUCCCUGCAUCUCCUUCGUCCAAUUCGAUUGGCUAUUCCCGAACGGGACAACCAUCGACGAUUUACAAGUUUGCGGUCCGGAAGAGUUAAAACUCUUUUGCAAGGAUUACGUCGAAGUUGCCGAAGUAUCGUUUAUCUUGUCAACUGUCGCGUCGUUCGUAGUUUCUCUAGCCUUGGUCCAUUACUUGAUGUGUCUGGCGUCCAACUACGCUUACAUCCGCGAUCAGGAGAAGAUCUCCGAUCUACAGGAAAUGCAGUAUCUCCACGAAUCGAUUAUGAAGUAGAAAUGCGAAAGCAGAUUUUUAGUCUUUUAUGUUAGACUAGCUACAGGACUUUUUCCUCUUCGUUCAUUCCAACAACGGACAAUUUUAAUUAGAUUUCAGGUUUUCUUUCAGACAAAUUUUUUCGCCGUCCACGUUUGACUCGAUUCCAUUUGCAAGUUUCUAAUGACACAAACGAAUUGCCUUUUUGCUUGCUCUUAAGAAACAAUAUACUUCUUUUUAUUA